UUUCCUACGAAGCGUUUGGCCCACACAUUCGACCGCCACUUAUCACUAUUGUGAAUAUCCACGCGAAUUACGACGGUCUCCUUCGUUGACAGCAUUUACCUUUCGGCCGCCAUAUCUAACGGAACAUUCAUUUCCAUUCGAUUCGGCUAAAAAGUAGUACUCGGGCCGAAUAUCAACUUGCAUGUGGUGUCGUAUCAGCCUGUAUAUUCCUCGUUCUUGAGACCUCGAAGGCAAAAGACAUACUCAUAUUUCGAGAACGCAACAAUGGCAUCCAAACCAGAGCAGAUAACCACCAGCUCGGCAGACAAGACGACCGGCCCUCCCUCCCCGGUGCCGUUGGCGGACCCGCUCGCCGUGGUGGGCACCCGAAAGUCAUUGCUGGCGCGCAUUCAAACCGACCUUGCUAUCCGAGCCGUGGAGGACGCAUAUCCCGAAUAUCGGGGACGAAUAGGCGUCAAAGGCCUAGAUCCAUUGGGGGAUCGGGAUAAGGUCACGCCGCUAUGGGACUUCACAGCGUCGAGCAAUGAAGCGGUCAGCAGCCAAGUAGCAGGAGCGCCGAAGCCGUCGCAGAGUGACGCGAAAGGCCUAUGGACGGAGGAGCUGGAGGAGCUGCUUGAGAAAGGAGAGGUGGACUUUGUGGUCCAUAGUCUUAAAGAUAUACCCACGACCCUUCCACCCCAGUUCACACUCGCCGCCAUCCUAAAAAGAGCGGAUGCCCGAGACGCCUUGGUCGUUCAUCCGGAAUUGCUCAAACACCUCCAUGCCACUGGUGUCCAGCAGCCUUCCUUGUCCGACCUGCCCAAAGGGUCAAUAGUGGGCACAUCUUCAUUACGGCGCUCCGCGCAACUUCUCCGAGCGCAUGUACAUCUACAAUUUGAACCCCUCCGCGGCAACGUGCCCACACGACUACGGAAACUCGAUGAGUCGGUGAUCGACAUCCCAGGAGCGACCGCACCGGCGGCAGGCACUGAAGAUACCACCGAAUCCGCCGGUACGAAAGCCCAUCCUCCUUUCUCCGCCAUCAUCAUCGCCACCGCUGGCCUUGACCGGCUCUCGCUCUCCGACCGCAUCACCUCCCGCCUAUCCCACUCCAACGGUGGCAUGCUCCACGCCGUAGGCCAAGGCGCCAUUGGCAUCGAAGCUCGAGCAGGGGAUGCUCGGAUUCUGAAGCUCCUCGAGGCAAUAGCAUGCAAGCAAACAACGCUGGCAUGCACGGUGGAGCGGGCGCUGUUGCGGACGCUAGAAGGCGGAUGCUCGGUGCCGAUCGGCGUAGAGACGAGGUGGGUGGCGGAGGGGACGCUCCAUGUGCGGGCAUCGGUGGUCAGCGUGGAUGGGACGGAGGCGGUGGAGACGGAGGAGACAGCGCAGGUGGAGACGGUGGAGGAGGCAGAGGCGUUGGGGUCGGCCAUCGCGGGGACGUUGCGGGAUCAGGGCGCUCAAAAGAUCCUGGAGAAGAUCAUCAUAGCCCGUAGGUAGCAGUACGGUCUGCGAUAAACGAGUUCAUGCACCUCAAUCACCAUGUACAUCACACGGAUAGACUUGCGAGGUCAAGAGGCUCGCAUAAUGAUAAGGUAUCUCGAUAGGUUUAGACUAGAAUCGACGCGCUAUGUUCGAGCCUGC